AUGAAGCCAGCAGAGAUCAGAUUCUCUCUACAGAGACCUCUACAGCACAGAGAUCCAGACAUGGCACCUACAAUCACUGCAGCAAUGACCGAUUCUCAGGAGCAUCUGACUCUGACCCACAAGCUCAGAAAGCCUCUGGUGGAGAAGUUACGCAGAGAGCGAAUCAACAGCAGCAUUGAGCAGCUCAAGUCUCUCCUGGGUCCAGAGUUCCUCAAACAGCAGCCAGACGCCAAGCUGGAGAAAGCAGACAUCCUGGAGAUGACAGUUUGUGUCCUGAGACGACUGCAGCAGCAGCAUCAACAGCAGAGAAGACUGCUGAAGCACUUCAACAAGCUGCAGUCUUCCUCUGAUAACAACCUGAGAGAGGCUGACUUCUCUCUUCUGAGCUCCACAGUCCAGACCAGCAUCAUCGAAGAGAAGAGUCCAAUCGACAGCGCCCUCUGGAGGCCGUGGUAGACACCUACAGACUGGAGUUACUACCAGACUAACUGAGAUGACCACAUUGGUCAAAGAUUACUGGAAAUGAAUUCUUCUGAAUUCUGUCAUUUGAUGAACUUGUUCUUCUGUUUGUACAGAAGGUUGUAUUUUGUCUGUUUACUUUGUUCAAGAUGAUAUUUCCUGAGGAAAUGACAGCAACAACGUCUUUCAAGUCUUUCAAUCUUGUCAUGCAUGUUGCAUGAACCAAAUUUGAUUGCAUCAGCAUUAUUAUUAUACCUCACUGUACUUCAUGUAUUGGUAGUAUAUAAUACUAUGGUAACAUUUUUUAUAUUGUUAUUAUUGUUAUUCUUCUGCAUGAGCAGGAGUAUGUUUAAAUAGUAUUAUGUACAUUUCAAACAUUUCCUAGGGAAAAAGUGAAAUAUAGAAAUAUAGUCUUUCACAUUAAGAAAGAUUAUCAUUAAUGUGACGAAAAUGAGCAUUUAUUAGUAUGCACAACAUUAUGUCACUUUGUGGUGGUAUGUGAUGAAAUGACGUGUACUAAUUAAUUGUCAGUUAUCAUGUUGAUACUGCAAUUGUCCACUGUGUGGAUAUCUUGUCAAAACAGACCUGAUCUAAUAAUUGAUUACUCAACAUUGCUCUGUUAUAGGAUCAAUGUGUAUGAUUUAUCCUUUUGUCUGAAAGGUUUGCUUAGUAACCUGCUUCUGUCUAAGAUUGAUACUCUCUUUUUCUUUUAUGAAAAUGAAUUAACUAACUGUGUUUUAACCUACUCGAAUCACUGUGUGAUUCUCUUAACCUGAUCUCUUCUAAGGUCAUUUUUUUUCUCCUUCACUUUUGUAAUAAAGUGCAGAUAAUGUCUAUUUUAAAUCAUGUUUUAUGUAAGACUGAUAAAUCUCACUGUUUGUGUCUUUUGUAAAGACGACCGAUCCUCUACUCGUUGUGAGUACAGUGUUCCUUGGAGAUAUUGAUUGUUGUGAUGUAUCAUCACAUUUACCUGCCUCCAGUUGAAAAUGUCAUUGAGUUUGUUUGAAUAAACAAAAACUAGAAUCCAA